GUAUAGUCGUAUUCCACCGGAUCGAGUUAUCUCAUCACACCCGGAGUCGCUAGGUCGUACAUGGGUCAUGCCUAGAUGGAAUACCGUUUAUGUCAAAUUGACGUCAAAAGUUGAAAACCCGGAUAAGAAGUGUGCCAACAAGUGACUCUGUCAAGGCAGACGUCAGAACAUUCUAGGGUUGUUUCUCCUACCUAGGAUGAGGUGUGUGACACUAACAACUUCAGAGAUCCAGCACUGAAACGUGUUACACUGUGUGUUUACUGAGGAGACAGGUGGCCAUGGAAUCUCUACCACCAGCAAAAUCAAAACUAGCCUGUCAAGUUCAGAAUCCAGGGCAGAUGCCUUGGAGCAGAAUUUUGCUGGGUUCCCUGCUUGUCUUCAGUUGCCUGGUAGCUUCUGUGUCCUCUGAGGAUUACUAUAAGUUACUAAAGGUGUCCAGAGAAGCCACAACCAGAGAAAUACGGCAAGCCUUCAAAAAGCUGGCUCUGACCAUGCACCCAGAUAAAAACCCACAUGAUGAAACUGCGCACGACAAGUUCCUGAAGGUAACCCGGGCAUAUGAAGUUCUGAAGGAUGACAAUCUGAGGAAGAAGUAUGACAAGUAUGGAGAGAAGGGUCUGCAGGACGAGCAGCAGGGAGGAGGACGAUAUGAGAGCUGGAACUACUAUAGAAAUGAAUUUGGUAUCUACGAUGAUGACAUAGAGAUUGUCACUUUAGAUAGGGGAGACUUCGAUGCAGCAGUGAACUCUGGGGAACUCUGGUUUGUCAACUUCUACUUCCCUCGUUGUCAUCACUGUCAUGAGCUGGCUCCCACGUGGAGGGAGUUUGCUAAGGAGAUGGAUGGAGUGAUCAGGAUAGGAGCAGUGAACUGCGGAGACAACAACAGACUGUGUCGCAGCAAAGGCAUCAACAGCUACCCCAGCCUCUACAUUUACAAAGCUGGAAUGAAUCCAGAGAAAUACUUUGGAGAUAGGUGCAAGGAGAGUUUGACUAAGUUUGGCAUGCAGUUUGUGAUGAGCGGAGUUACAGAGCUGUGGCAAGGCAACGUCUUCACUGAGAUUGAGGCAGCGUUUUCAUCUGGAGUUGGAUGGCUGAUCACCUUCUGUUCUGACUCAGGAGACUGUCUAGAGUCACAGACGAGGCACAAAUUAGCAGGAAUGUUGGAGGGUUUAGUGAACGUGGGCUGGAUGGACUGCUCUACACAGGCUGAGUUGUGUGACAGCUUUGAGGUGACCACCAGCACAACAGCCUUCUUCCCUCCCGGCAGUUCACUGAAGAGCAAGGGCAGCGUGCUGUUUCUGCAGAGUUUGGACACCAGAGAGAUCUAUGGAGAGGUGAUGCAGCAUCUGCCUGACCUGGAGGCUCUUACUAAGGACACCUUUAAGAGUAAACUGGCCCAUCAUCGGUGGCUGGUCAGUUUUUACUUUGGACAGAAGACCAUAGAGUCUCAUGAGUAUAAGAAGCUCAAUGCUUUUCUGAAGGGGGCCCACAUACAGGUGGGAAAGGUGGACUGCCUUACUGAGUCAGAAUUGUGUGGCUCCUUCUACAUUCAAAAGCCCUGCAUCGCGGUCUUUAAAGGCCUUGGGAUUCAUGACUUUGAGAUACACCAUGGGAAGGAUGUGCUGUAUAACAUUGUAGCAUUUGCUAAGGAGAGUGUCAGCGCCCAUGUCACCACUCUGAGACCAGAGGACUUCCCCAGUGAUGGCAAGGAGCCCUGGAUGGUUGACUUCUUUGCUCCUUGGUGUCCGCCCUGUCGUGCUCUCCUCCCUGAGCUGAGGAAAGCCUCGAUCCAGUUGUUUGGUCAGAUGAAGUUUGGAACACUGGACUGCACCGUGCACGAGGGCCUUUGCAGCGUGUAUAAUAUCCAUGCCUACCCGACCACGGUAAUCUUUAACAAGUCCUCCAUCCAUGAGUACGAGGGCCAUCACUCUGCUGAUGGAAUCCUGGAGUUCAUACAGGACUUGGUCAACCCUACAGUGGUGACCAUGGACCCAGACAGCUUUGUAGAGCUGGUAAAGAGGAGGAAACACAACGAGACCUGGAUGGUGGACUUCUAUGCCCCGUGGUGUGGGCCCUGUCAGGCUUUGCUGCCUGAGUGGAGGAGGAUGGCACGGGCGCUGAAUGGUAUGAUAAAGGUGGGGACGGUGGACUGUCAGAAACACCACUCCUUCUGCCAGGGAGAGGGGGUCAGAGCCUACCCUGAGAUACGCCUCUACCCUCAGAACGCCAACCGACGAGACGUAUACCAGAGUUACAACGGCUGGCAUCGAGACGCACACUCUCUCAAAGUCUGGGCUAUGGGCACUCUCCCAAGAGCGUCAGUGGAUCUGACUCCAGAUGACUUCAGGAACAAGGUGAUGGAAGGGAAGGAUCACUGGGUGGUGGACUUCUAUGCUCCGUGGUGUGGGCCAUGCCAGCACUUUGCCCCAGAGUUCGAGGUCCUCGCUCGGAUGGUGAAAGGAAGCGUGAGGGCAGGGAAAGUAGACUGUCAGGCCCACUACCAGACCUGUCAAUCAGCCGGCAUCACAGCCUAUCCCAGCGUCCGAUUCUACCCACACCUGGUCACCAAGAAGCGUGACCAGGGAGGGGAGCACGUCAACAGCCGGGAUGCUACUAACAUUGCCGACCUCCUCCGUCAGAGGCUCCAGCAGCUAUCUCCAUGGUUACAUGGCAAGGCCGCCAACUUCAAGGAUGAAUUGUGAGUUCAAGAGGGUCGAUUAGGAAGAUCCAAGAUUCACUGAGAUGCUUUUCCUUAAGGGAAAUGUAAACAAAGAACAGUCAAACCCACACACAGUUAACAAACAAAUUGAGAAGAGAGGAUUACUGCCAAAGAACAUUAGCAAAGUAGACGUUAUCGAACGGUUACGUCAGUAUUGUCGGUCUGUCAAAACUGAUUCAACGAUUCAGAAAGACUGACUCACUGUCCUGUCGUAAGUUUGACUAGUUAUAUAGGUGGAGUGUGUCCAUACGGUAGGUGUUGACCUGCCUGGUAUCUGAAUGUACUGUCUGAUGUAGGUUGGGGACAAUAUAUUUUAUGUUUAUUUAUGAUGAUACAAAAUGGCAGUUUCAGUUUAUAAUGGGCUUGCCAAAUUCAAUGCCACUCGUGUUGAUUCAACUUGAACCAUUUGAGUGUCGCGAACAGUGUUUUAUUCAUUCUGUGAAGUGACCACACUGUACUGAAUGUGGUGGUGGUAUAAUGAUAAUGGUGUUUGUCUGCUUAAAGUAGCCUAAUUGUUCAGUAUGCAACAGUAUCACAAACACACACACACACACACACACACACACACACACACAGUUUAGAAAAAGGAACCCUGGACACUAAAAACAAUUAACAGGAAAUAUGUUGCCAAUACCCUCCACAUCAUUAAUUUAUCUGUUACGGUUUGCCAUCACUGAAGUGUCGAUGGGAAUAAUUUGAUUAGUUGUGGGAUGAUGCAGUCUUGCAAAAGUUUACUGUCAUAUUAUAAAUGUGGGAAAGAUAUCACAGUUCUAUAUCAUGUCCUUGUAGUCUGGUAUUUUCAACUCAAAAUACUAUCCUUGGAUGAUGUUUGAUAAUAACUUAUGUGGGAACUUGUGGUCUUGAAAAUGUUGAUCGUGUCCCCUUUAAGACAGUCCUUCUCUUUUCCUUUUCAAGUUGUUUUGCACAGACCCUUGUAUGGAAUAAAUGUCAUGUUUUUUAAACAUUC